UAUCAUCAUUUAUCGGUGUGGCAACUGAGUAUCGCGUCGUAUGCCGUGGUGUUCGUUGUUCUUUGUAAUGUAUAUAGAGUUUGCUGUAAUAAAAGCGAAAUAAACUUCGAUAUUGAAUACCCGCGUAUACCAUCAAUGUAUCAAUUUGAAAAUAAACAGAAAUGUUUAACUGAAGACAUCGGGAACGUUUACUGCGUAGUCCGAACCGUUGUGAGACAGAACAACUUUUCGGAUACAUGGGCUGUAAUCGAAGGUGCUUCCAGAGACGAUACAGCAUAUCAACAUUAUUUAUUAGAUAGAGGAGUAUGUUUGAAGACCUGUGAAAGGUUGUAUAAUUCCCUGACAAAGGAACAAUUGGCGUGUUAUGAUAGUGAGCAGAUCGUUAUUGAGGAACCGCAUAUCUACGAUUCCAACUAUAUACCUGGAAUGGAAGCGUAUAAACGGAAAUACAGGUGCCUCAUCAAUAUCUGUCUUAACUAUGAGCUCCAACGAGACUACAAUCUUACCGGAUAUUCCGAAAUUGAACACUGCACGACUUCACAAGAUCUCAAAAAACCAUUAACUUCACUACAUGCUGUGUGUGUCCUACUAUACGGAAUAAUUGUUUUCCUGGUGAUUAGAGCCACAUUUUACGACAACAGAGAUGCUCAAUGUUCACUAAAUAAUAACAACUCACCGGAUAUUUCUAAGGACGAUGUCCUGAUGGAAUUUUCACUGAACCGAAGCUUUCGUCGACUGCUUUCCGAACCACGAACCAAACUUCAACAUGAUUUCGCUUUUAUAGAGUCGGUUCGAAUAGUGACCGUAUUUCUGAUCACCACAUUGCAUACACUUAUGGCUCUCGGAGCAAGUCCUCUAACCAAUCCGAAUGUGUUGGAAGCAAUCUUUGGAAAUGCGUUUGUGCGGAUGAUUUCGACCGUUUUCCCAUUUCUUGUGCAUAUGUUCUUCACCAUCAGUGGAAUGUUACUGGUAGUACACUUUCUAGAGUUUACCGAGACAACUAAAGCGUUUAGUUGGAGAUACUUGUUCUUAGGCAUGAUGCACCGAUAUUUGAGGAUGCUACCUUCGUAUUUCACAACGUGGCUUUAUCAGGUCACGUGGUUGGACCGGAUUGGCAGUGGCCCAAUCUCCUACAGACUUAUUGGUAUCGAGCAGCGCUUCUGCAUGAAGAAUAGUUGGGCAAAUUUCUUGUUCAUCAACAACUACUACAAAUAUCACGAGCCCUGCAUGCAACAAACCUGGUAUAUUGCCGCCGAUUUCCAAUUUUGCUGCGUCGGUAUGAUGAUUAUGAUGUUGAUUUGGAGAUUUCCGGCGAUUACAAAGAAGCUUCUAGCUGGAAUGUUGUUGGUGUCAAUUCUUGCUCCAAUCGUCAACACUUACAUUCAUAACUUUUCGGGCGUAGUUCUACUCAGUUUUAAACACCUACGCUUCAUGAUGUUUCACAACGAGUGGAUCAUUCAAGAUUAUGUCCUGUCCCAUGUACACACCUGUAGUUUCUUCUCUGGAAUAUUUGCCGGACUUGUCUACCAUCGCAGCAAAGGAGACCCCCAUUACCUGAGAAAUUUGAUCGUCUACAAACGCUUAAAAGUAAUUGCUCCGGCAAUGGUUGUGCUACUAUCUGCGCCAGCUACACUGUUCUACCGCAUCAAACCCAGAAGCUCCUCACUUUUGAUGGCAAUUUACGCAUCUGCACAUAGAAAUUUUUUCGCCAUAGCCUGUGCGACAGGAUUGUUGUAUGGUGCAACUGAUGGGAGUAAAAUGCUUCCAGCCAUCACAAAACACCCAAUCGUGUUAGCGAUUGGGAGAUUGUCCUUCUGUGUUUAUAUGGUGCAAUUUAGCGCAUUACGAUCACUGCUAGUUGAUGCGGAGAACUUCGGAUUUACGUUGAGCGUUCCCAAUUUUGUUCAUACAAACGCACGUGUUUUCGGAUUGUCAUAUGGUUUCGGAUUGCUGCUCUGUGUUACGGUUGAGCUGCCCCUAGCUGCAUUGCAUCACGUACUUUUAGAAACUCAGAUACAUCUUCUAUCAUAG